AUGGCUUGGUGGUCGACUUCAUGGCUACCAUUACCCUCGAUUGAAUUUUCGUUACCUUCAGGAAUACAACGCAGAUUUAUCUCUUUUCUUCUCAAACGAUCACUGGGUCACCUUCUCAAACCGGGACAAUUCGAUGUACAACAGAUAGAUUCUCAGAUUGGAUCUGGUUAUGUGCAAGUUAGGGAUCUAGAACUAGAUUAUACUGCUAUCAACUCGCAUCUUAUAGGGCUGCCAGUAAAGCUUCACGAUGGCUCUAUAUCCAGUGUCACUGCGCGUAUUCCUUGGCCUAAUCCCCUGACAGCCAACGUCGGCUUGUCAAUUCAAUCCCUCCAUCUCACUUUCCACGUUGAUCCGAAGGCUCCUGUACCAACUGCUCAGGCGACUACGAACCUCGCAGACUCAGUCGUGAGUGUUGCCGAAUCAUUCAUUCACGAUGAGUUGACUCCAGGAGAGGAAGCCACGUUGCGCGAAUCCUUUCAUCCAGACCUUGACAUAUCUGUCACCUCUACUCGUGAGAACGUUCCAGGUGGACUUGACCCAUUUAUCGCUGCGGACGAAGAGGCUUCAUCCGAGGUGGAUCCUGCAGGGGUGUCUAUAUUUGCUACCAUGAUUGAGCGGUUGUUGUCGCGCUUUGAGUUCGAUGCUAAGGAUACGAGCAUUACAUUGGUCUAUCCAGGGCAUUCAAGCUUCAUCUUCAAAGUAUCUGAGAUUGCCUAUGGGAGGGACGAUAGAUCGAAUACGACAAGCAGAAAUUCAAGCACUGGCCCUAAGGAUGUCGCAAUUGGACUUGAAUCUCCAGGAGAGACUCGCACAAUUUCUAUCUCCGGAGCUACGCUUUUCAUCUAUGUCGAUACUAUUAAUCAUAUAGGAUGCUCUUCCUCGGCACAUAGUCCACAAUCGCAAUCAGCUUUCAAUCCGCUUAUCUCUCCGCCUUCCCCUUCAGCAUAUCAUUAUCAGUCUGAUUCUGACUUGGACGAGGAUACACAAUUAAUGAUGUCUCAAUCCAUCGCUGGUCUUCCCCCACGACCUGUUUCCCCAGCGAGCACCGUCGCGAGCACCGUAGCCAGUACUAUGUUCCAGAGUGCCGUUUCUAUCAUUGCCAAAGACGAUACCGAGGGUUCCAAUGCGCAGACAAACUCACAGGAUACACCACUAGCCUUUGCCUCAGAGUUAUUAACCACAUCUCUUUCACCUCGUAGAACCGUAGUGCCUUCCUUUGCGCUGAGUACUGUUGCACCAAGUGUAGGUGCAUCAUCUACCGAAGGCCAGCAGGCGAAGAAAUCAGGACGAGUUAGCAUCUCUAUUACGACAAGUACAAUUGCAUGUGCGCUCGGAGCGACUCAUAUUCGCAGUAUCUUGGACAUCGCAGAGAUAUUGGACUCGGGUGGCGCUUCAACUACCACGGUCUCAUCUUCAAUCCUGGACGACAUCAAAGCGAGUAUCGACAUACGUGGGAUUGCGUUACUUUUCUUGCCAUCGCUUUUGACAGUCAAAGACGCACAGGGACUGCCUAAAUCUAAAGGAGAAGUUCUCAUCGACUUGGGUGCAUUUUUUGACCAGCCUCUGAUACCUCCAAAACUUCUUCAUGGUUAUGUUCGACUGCUCGUGGAAACGGUCGCCGUCACCGCAUCCAUCUCUACGUCUAACGAACUUGUCUCUUCGACAUCUACUGCCAUAGCCUUGACUGUUGCCGAUUUAUCUAUCUGCGCAUUUCGUCGGCCUUCAGGAUCUCCCUCAUCACCAUCUAGCUCGCACGAACAUGUAGUUUCUCCUGUGUUGAUCACGGAUCCGCACCUGUCCCUUCAGUACCCAACUGAACACCAAUCACCCGCAACUAUAUCCUCAUACGAUAGCAAUCAUCCAUUGCAGAGUGCUCAAACUCCACCAUUACCAGUGUUUGAUGUCGCUGAUUGGACGACUCCGCUACAACAUGCAAACCAAGCUAGGGUUUCUCUAUGGCGAGUAAAACCCUCGCAUCGUCAUAACCAAUCCCGCAGGUCGGAUUUCCCACAACGAGAUUCCGGUUCAGAGUCAGGGGGUGACGAAACUGAUGAAACUGAUCCGACACCACCAGCUUCUCCGCGAGGUCAGCGCAUAUCAAAGAUGCGGGAACAGCAAAGGGAGAGGGAAAUGGAAAGAAAGCGGUUGGAAAGGCUGGUACUGGAAGAUCUGAACUUAUCCAUGGACUACCGGCUGAAGGAGCCUGGUCUGUCGGCACCCUCGACGCGAUUAAAACGCAAGGUUUGUCAAUAUGACAGCUAUUGUAAAAGCUCUGGCAUUAACUCUACCCAGGUGAAAUCUCGAACCCAGGAAGUUCAAAUAGUCGAUGUCACUAUCGGCUUCCCCAUGAUUAGGAUGGAAAUUCGUUGCCCUCCUCCUCCGUCAUAUUCACCUCGUUCCGGCGCCCUUAUCAUGGACAUUCAUGGCCUUACAUUGUCAACCCAUUCACCUCAAUCUAGCCAUAAACCAGGCGCGCGUUUUACGGGCAUCGAUGCCACAGUCUCUCCGCCUUCCCCUUUGCAUAAGAGCAAUAGCACAUUGUUGGGUUCAGGCCUCAAUGCCCCUCCAGUCACCAUAGCCUUGACACAAACACAUAAUCUGGCAAUCAAUCCCUCAAAGGCUCUAGUCCUUACUAUACAGAUUCCUUCACUUCAUAUCGAUCUGUCGAAACCUCUCUUGGAUGGUGUUCAACUGUGGGCUGACGACAUUCAACAACUUGUUGAGAGGACAGUAUCUAAAAGCGCUGAUUCAGAAACGUCAUCGAGACAAGGUCCAUCUCUCAUAGGGAGCAGAUUUUUCGUGCCCGCCAAACACAGAGCUAGUAGUAGCUCAUUAGAGAGCAACGGUAUCGGUCUACAGGGGAAUGAACCGCUUAGCAACGAAACGAUAAUCAAGGCCACAAUCUCAGAAGCCUUCGUGAGAUUGAUGGUACCCCGAGAGGUGAAUGACACAUCCGUCCUUUUGCAACCAUUCGACAUCCUCGCUUCUGAAGUCGACGCACUUCUCGAGUUGAAGCCAGAAGGAAAGACGGUCAUGACUUUAUCAACGAUGAUCAUCGCCAUCGUCGACGGGCAAAGCCCUUCUUCUAUGCCAUUCUUGUCUCUGACUGCACCUCACAGCCUGCUCUCUAGCCCUAGGCCUCUUUUGAAAUUGCAUUUCAGCUCUCUAGUGGUCCCAGAGUCAACGGCUAAAGAAACGCGUAUAAGGUUGACGUUGUGCGGUUUCACAUACAACUUCCUUCCUGACCUGCAGUGGAUGUCAGACCUCGCUCGAUUUGCCAAAUCUCCACCAGGUGCUUUUGAAAGCGUUAUACCUAGUGAACGUACGCGGAUUACUGUGAAGGUUAUGGACGGCUCUGUUCGUUUAUUUGCCCCACAGUAUCCAGGCGCCCUAGUCCUUCAUCUCGGCGACCUCGAUUUCUCAACCGACAUAGUCGGUGAUUCAACGGAGACACACUUGAAUCUAGGAGUCUCAACGUUGGGAGUCUUGCUGGUAGAUAACCAUCUUGCCGCUGCCAACGAUGUCAACCGGCUGUCUUUAUUAGGCGCGAAGGGCAUCAUGUUCUGGAAGAGAUCAGGUUAUGCUUUGCUGGCUGAAAUAUCUGACCUGAAGUUGUUAAUAGCGAUCGUGAACGGAGAUACCUCUAAUUCUGAUGUCACUGUGGAAGGCAUUACACUUCGCCUUCAUCUGUGCGCCGACACAAUGACAGCCCUUGGCGCUUUUGGAAGUGACUUAGGUUCAGCAUUCAGCAAACACGACACUGAACCCUCAUUGCAACCUCAGACCAAAGAGCCAGCUAACCUAUCCACUCAGAGAAAUAUAAAUCAUGAAAUUAUGGCAUCUGUGGAUGAGCAAGCAUUUCAUCGAAUUCCUGAGGUUGGAGCAGCGCCAGAUAUGAUCAACGACGACCUUCCAUCCAAUCCCGAAUAUCUUGACGCCUCCUUCGGCGCCGCGGCUGGUCUCCGUGAGUACGACGAUGAGGACUUGGAAGAUCUCCAAGAAGAAGAUAUCUUCUUGUAUAAUACGACCUCCGAGAAAGCUGGACUCAUAUCCAAGGUCGGAGGGGAGACCAUCAAGUUACUGCACUCUGAAGGACUUGAUGUCGUCGAGAAUUAUUUUACCACAUUACCAGCACUCUCCGAAGAGAUCUAUGAAAAUGGCAUGGUCAAGGACCGCCUGCGUAUCCAUCAAGCUGACGUCACACUCUUCUUAUAUGAGGGCUACGACUGGGCCUCGACGCGUCAGACGAUCGAACACGAGGUCAAGGAAAUGAAACGACGACUGGCAAAAAUCAAACAGCUGGUAGCAAGUGGCCAGACAUACGAUCCUAACGUUGAUGAAGCAAGCACGCUCUUAUUCAAUUCUGUCUAUGUUGGUUUGGAGCAGGAGUUGAACGAGAUGGGGUCUGACGCGCUGAUUGAGGCUAUCGACGAAGAGCUGAAGGAUGAUCUUGAGACUGCGAGCCAGAGUUCAUGGCAGUCAUUGAAGCCUCAAACUCAUGAACAGUCCGCUCCACGAUCCCUUCGAAUCCAUGGCCAUCGGCUUACCAGGGCAAGAGGGCCUAGUAUCGAGUUUCGUUUAUUUGGUUUAAACGCAGAAGUGGACCAGCAUGCACCUAGCGACGAUACAGUGUCCAGGGUUCUUGCCACAAUCAGGGACGUAGAAAUCCUGGAUCAUGUGAAGACUUCGACAUGGAGAAAGUUCCUCUCAGCGCUGCGGUCCGAUUCGCAUGGUAAUGUCCGCGAAACGGAUUCGAACAUGGUACGCGUGGAAUUGCGUACCGUUCGUCCAGUUCCAAGCAACCCCUCCGAAGAAGCCAGGCUGCGGGCCAAAAUUCUUCCCCUUCGCUUGCAUGUCGACCAGGAUGCGUUGGACUUUUUAAAGAAGUUCUUUAGCUUCAAAGACCCAAAUGCGGCCCCAGCUGCUGGAGCACCUAGCAAUGAAAUCUACUUCCAGCACGCAGAAGUGUUUCCAGUAGGACUCAAGCUGGACUACAAGCCCCGCCGUGUCGAUUAUAGAGCUCUACGAGAGGGAAGGACUAUUGAACUCAUGAACUUCUUCCACUUCGACGGUGCUGAAAUGACACUCAGACAUAUCACUAUAUCUGGAAUUACUGGUUGGCCUCGAUUCUUUGAUCUUCUUAAUGACCUUUGGACACCCGAUGUGAAGGCCACGCAACUUGCAGACGUAAUCUCUGGAGUCGCUCCCAUUCGUUCCGUGGUAAAUGUUGGUUCUGGAGUUGCGGACCUGGUCCUGCUACCGAUCGCACAAUACAAGAAGGACGGUCGAAUUGUGCGAGGCAUUCAAAAGGGUACAAGGGCCUUUGUGCAGACCACGGCUGUCGAGGCCAUCAAACUGGGUGCGCGUUUGGCAACUGGGACUCAAGUGAUUUUGGAGCAGGCAGAAAAUGUACUUGGAAGCCAUUUCAGCGAGUCAAUCACCGCAGAGACUGUACAAGGAUCUCCUGUAAACAGCGAAGGCACUGGGCCGCGAUGGGACACUGACGAGGACGCAGCCGAUCUCAUCAGUAAAUACGCCGAGCAGCCUCUAGAUAUGAAGGAAGGGAUGCAGUCGGCCUACACGAGUUUACGGAGGAAUCUCAAUUCUGCGGCACAGACCAUUUUGGCAGUUCCUAUGGAAGUAUAUGAGCGGUCUAGCAAUGAGGGUCCAGUUCGUGCAGUGAUCAGGGCUGUGCCAAUCGCUGUUUUGAAGCCGAUGAUUGGUGCCAGCGAGGCAGUCAGCAAAGCAUUGCUGGGCCUGCAUAAUUCUAUGGAUCCCAACGUCCGGCUUGAGAACGAAGCGAAAUACAAGCAUCGUCAAUAGUCUAUCCUGCCCUGGGCGUACUUAAUUUAUGUUCAUGCUGCCUGUUAUCAAUGUUCCAGUCACAUCCCCCACGGUCCCAUUCACAUUGUACUUUUAUUCAUUCGCGGAUCUUUCUCCCACUCACACUUAGCCCUAAUCAUGUAUGCAUAGUGUGCAUGACCCUGCUAUUACUACAUAACGGUCUACUUUUUUAAAUCUGAAAACACAUCGACAGCAAUACAUACAUGGGAAAAAGUGAAAACACAUCUAAUCGAGAUCCAUGCCCAUUGACCGUCCCUCUCCAGGAAGCAGAGCACUCCUUGGUUUGGCGGAGACCUUGAUUUUCUCCUUGACCAUGACUUCUGCACCCUCGGUCGAUGUUGGCUCAAGCAAUUUGAUCGACUCCAGCUUCUUUUUGCGGUGUGCGCGUACCUUGUCUCUGCUGGCCACCAUUCUGUUCUUCCAAAACGCACGCUCCCUCUUCUGUUUGAUCUCUGCUAUCCGC